AUGAGCAGUCUCAUAUUCCCUUCACUGGCGGUUCAUCCCAUCAGUCUCCACAUCAGUCUCCACUCCAUUCUCGACAGCAUUCAGCCCAUCAGUCUCCACAUCAUUCAUCCCAUCAGUCUCCACAUCAUUCUUCGCCGACCCAACAGGCGUUUUACCGUCCGAUUAUGUCUCCCAAAGACCAAGCAGUCAAUUUUUCCUUCACUCAGUUUUCCUCCCCUCAGACUUCUCAGCGUCAGUUUGGAGAUUCUUUUAUUGACUUUUCCGGUUUCAGAGAGUUCGCUAGAUGGCCAGUCGAUACAUUACACGAGUACCUUUCUUUCGAGUAUGUUCGAGGGUGUUGCUGGUCAGCAUCAGGCUGAUAACCCAGCUGAGGGUGAGCGUGAGAGUCAGGGUGAGGAUGAGGCUGAGGAUGCAGACCAGGAUGAUCAGUUUGAGGGUCAGGGUUAUCAGUGCCAUGAGGAGCAGGGAUCGAGUCAGACUCUAAGGACUCCACCGUUGGCUGUGAGUAAAGGCCAGAGAGUGACGAAGGAGCCCGAUAGAUUGACUUAUAGCAUUUUUCGGGCUAAAAAGCCCAAGAAGAAGUAG